AUGUUGUGUGACUUUUUCAGAUCUGAUUCUGAAGGUUGUAUUCCACUUGUCAGAGCAGAUUGUGCCAAAGAUAUCGACAAUCCCGAGGCUGUAGUGUUCUACUCGCCAGAGUACGAGGAGAGCCUUCUAAUGAAGUACCUCGGUGAGUCUUCCGCUGUAGAGAGUGUGGAUGAGUGUAGCACUGACCUCGCCAACUACGAUCCACUCGUCUCGGAUGCGUGCAUGAUGCCCAGCUAUGGCAACAUCGACCCAACCCAUUCACCUGUCUCCUUAAAUGGGCCUACGUUAUUCUAUGAAGAUUCAAAUGGCAGUGCUGUUUUGCCCAAACUAGAAGAACAACACGAGGAGAAGCCUUUUCAACACUCUCAACGCUAUGAUCCAAUUCAAAAGCCAUCUCGACGCGGCCGCCCGAUGAAAGUUACCAGCACGUCCAAGAUGGCCAAUUAUGCAAGGAAUUAUCGUGAACAGAAGAAAAUGCAGCUUGCCACCUAUGAAGCACAAGUCAAGCAACUCACAGAGGAAAAUGAACACCUUCGCGCUGAGAAUAAGCGACUUACUGAAGGUUUUGAACGUCUUAGUAGGCAAGUAGAGAGUCUCCGUAGGAUGCUGGAAAACAGUGCUUAUCCUUCUCACGAUCCUUUGCAAACACCUUUCGCUUCACCACCAUUGCAGCGAAAAAGUGUUGGUGAUGAGCUGUUCGAUUUCAGUGAUUUAAUCACAUUUCCUUAG